UCGACUCCCCUCUCGCCGCCGCCGCCGCUCGAGCUUGGCUUCCACGCGCCGCUGGGGAGGAUGGGGAAGGUGCCGCGCGCCACCAAGCUGCCCCUCGCAGUCCUUCCCAAGCCCCACGCGCCGCCGAGGCCGACUGAUCUUAGACCCCGCAAAACCCCCGCUAAGGCUCCCAAAACCCAUGCUCCGGCCCCGGCCGACGCGCCGCCGCCGCUGGAGAAGAGGCCGAUCAGGAAUUCAUCCGACCUCGCCGCCGCGAUACGCGCGGCGGCUGACGCCGACGUCGACGCGGCCGUCGACCUCGCGCGGGCGGCGGCCCCCACCAUCCCUCUCCCGCCUCACUCCCUCUCGCUGCUCCUCCGCCGCCUCGCCCUCCACCGCUCCGUCGCCGCCGCGAGGGGCCUCCUCGCGGCGCUCCACCCCUCCCCCGCCUCCUCCCCGCCGCCCCGCCCCGCGCUCCUCGCGCUCGCCGACGCCGUCUGCCGCCGCGGGGAGCCCCGGGAGAUCGCGCAGCUCCUCCCCGUCCUCGCCGACCACGGCGUCAAGGCCGACGCCCCCGUCUACAACGCCCUCAUGAAGGCGCACUGCGCCGCCUCCGACCACGCGGGGGUCCUCGGCGUGCUCCGCCGGAUGAAGGACGACGGCGUCGAGCCCGACCUCGUCACCUACAACACCCUCGUCUUCGGCCUCGCGCGCGCCGGGAUGGUCACCAAGGCACGAACCUAUCUCGACGCCAUGGCCGCCGCAGGCCACUUCCCCGACGUCAUCACGUACACCUCGCUCAUGAACGGGAUGUGCGUCAAGGGCGACGCGCUUGGAGCGCUUGCGCUGCUCGAGGAGAUGGAGGCCAAGGGUUGCGAGCCCAAUGAGCGAACAUACAACACGCUGCUCAUGGGGCUCUGCAAGAACAAGAAGUUGGAGAAGGCCGUGGAAGUUUACAGGUCCAUGGUUGGAGCUGGGAUGAAGCUGGAAGCACCAGCGUAUGCAACGUUCGUCAGGGCAUUGUGUCGUGCAGGGAGAGUGCCUGAUGCAUAUGAGGUGUUCGACUACGGGAUUGAGAGCAAGAGCCUUGCAGAGGUGACGUUGUAUACUGAGCUGGACAACUCACUCAAGUGGCUGCACCGGAUGAAAUCAUGAAAGUUGACUGUACCCAGUAUCCUUGUCCCUGAGUGUGCAAUGGAUGUUCCAAAAGUGUCAAGGGCCCUAUUCUAAUCUGUACCAUGCUUUGAUAGCUUGAUUUAAUGUUUUUUGUGAACAAAUAUAGCUUUUUUAAGCGAUUGUUUUCCAGGUGUGACCAUGAAAACUGCAAGACUAGGAAUCACCAAAAAUAUAUUAUUGUAUAUGGAUAAAUUACCUUGAAGCGAAUUGCGCGAGCUAAUCAAGUACAUGGAUCAUUAGUACAGUGCUGUUAUCAUGUACUAAUAAAAAGCAUAGUAUUGGAAUGAGAUUUUUGUUAUUGUGAAGUCUUUCAACAUCAUACAUAUUAGUAUAUCUCUAUAUAAAAUCCAUGCAAAAUGACAACAGUUUCUUUACCUUUUAGCAAAUUUACUGAUUAUUUUUGCUGUGCUGGGUCUACAUUUGGUACCACACUGUAUUGUUUUCUCCUGACUACGAUAUGUCUUCCAUUAUUCUCUCUACUAUCUUAGUGAGUUCCAUUGUCUUCAGAAAGACAUUUGGUUAUUCUCAUGAUGACCUUAAUCAGGAAUAUCAUCUUGACAUCCCAUUGGUUGACACUUGCUACUUUGCUAGCAAUAGCAUGUUUCUUCAAAUUUAGGAUUAACUUGUUUAUCUUGAAAAGUUCAUCUCCAACAACCAUUACCAGGGUUAGUUGUUUGCAUCAUGAUUCUGCCUACAUCCAUUAACAUCUUCCCGU